UUCGAGAAUCAGUAGGGGCGGAGGCCGAAGGGAAAGGUCGCGAAGCUUCCACAGGUCCCGGUAACAUCCGGGCAUCUGAGGCAGUCCCGUUCCCAUCUGCGCCUCGUGUGCCGGCGUUUUAGGGCUUGCAGCCAUGCUGAAGUGCGGGAUGAGCGGCAGUCAGGUGAAAGUUUUUGGAAAAGCAAUUCAGGCUCUUUCUCGAGUUAGUGAUGAGUUGUGGCUAGAUCCAUCUGAAAAAGGUCUUGCUCUGAGAGCUGUGAAUUCUUGUCGGUCAGCAUAUGGAUGUAUUCUCUUCUCUCCUGUGUUUUUCCAACAUUAUCAAUGGUCAGCUUCAGUGAAAAUGAAUAAGAACAAAACAUCAAAUUUAAACUGCAAAUUGGCAAUGAAAUCAGUUCUGCCCAUCUUUAGAUGUCUGAAUUCCCUUGAAAGAAAUGUAGAGAAGUGCAAAAUUUUCACCAGCUCUGAUAAGUGCAAAGUAGUCUUCCAGUUCUUCUGCAGACAUGGUAUUAAAAGAACUCAUAAUGUAUGUUUUCAAGAAAGUCAACCCUUGCAGGUUCUUUUUGAAAAGAGUAUGUGUGCCAACACGCUAACGAUUCAUCCAAGAGUGCUUGCUGAGGCUGUUGUUCUUUUUACAUCAAAUCAAGAGGAACUUACUCUUGCUGUUACUCCACUGAAUGUUUGCUUUAAGAGUUCUAACGAGGAAUCAAUGGAUCUGACCAGUGCUGUGUACAGUGAAAUAGUUGUUGGCCCAGAUGAGUUUGACUUCUUUCAAAUUGGAGUUGACACUGAAAUAACAUUUUGCUUCAAAGAAUUGAAGGGAAUGCUGAUGUUUUCAGAAGCUAUACAUGCUCCUAUAUCCAUUCAUUUUGAUUUUCCCGGGAAACCUAUGGCUUUAAGUAUUGAUGACAUGUUGUUGGAAGCAAACUUUAUUUUGGCUACAUUAGCUGAUGAGCAAAGCAGAGCAUCUUCUCCACAGUCGCUGUGUAUUUCACAAAAACAAAAAAGGUCAGAUCUGAUGCAUGCAGAUUCAAAGGCUAUUAACAAUAUAAGCAGCAAGGCCUUGGAGAGUAUCCACAGAAGAGCAGCACCCAAAAGGCUUUAUCCUGAAGAGAAUCUCACUGACAUCUCUGCAUUGGAAAAUGCUGGCAGCCCCAUAAUGAAAAUGGCUAAUGGAGACAUUACUGAAGUGCCAGAGAGCGGUGUCACCAAAAACUUGGAGGAAGGGUCAGGGCCUCCAUAUCUCAGGAAGUUUUCUUGCAUAUUCUUUGGAGCAGUUUCUUCUCACCAGCAAGAACACCUCAACCCUUUCGAGAGUCUGGCAACAGCAAGUGACUGUGAAGAGGACGUGAACAAUAGCAGUUUGCCCUCAUUCUAACACUUAACGUUGGCUGAGUUGACUUCCAAACCAUUUAUUGACUCA